UUAAUAAUGGGACUUGGCACUCAGGGAGCAGAGAAGAAGAGUGCAGCAUCUAUUGCCUGCUUCCUGGCAGCCAACGGGGCUGACCUCAGCAUUCGUAACAAGAAGGGUCAGUCUCCUCUUGACCUCUGCCCUGACCCUAGUCUGUGCAAAGCACUGGCUAAGUGCCACAAAGAAAAAGUCAGUGGUCAGGUUGGCUCCAGAAGUCCAUCUAUGAUCAACAACGAUUCUGAAACCUUAGAAGAAUGCAUGGUGUGUUCAGACAUGAAGAGAGACACUCUGUUUGGCCCCUGUGGACACAUUGCCACGUGCUCCCUCUGCUCACCACGGGUGAAAAAAUGCCUCAUCUGUAAAGAACAAGUUCAGUCUAGGACAAAGAUUGAAGAGUGUGUGGUAUGCUCAGACAAGAAGGCAGCAGUGCUUUUCCAGCCUUGUGGUCAUAUGUGUGCCUGUGAGAACUGUGCCAGCCUGAUGAAGAAGUGUGUGCAGUGCCGGGCGGUGGUGGAGCGCAGGGUGCCUUUCGUCACCUGCUGCGGAGGGAAAGGUACAGAGGAUACCACUGAUGAGAUUUCAAGUGGAAACAUUCCAGUUUUGCAGAAAGACAAAGACAACACCAAUGUCAACGCAGAUGUACAGAAGCUGCAGCAACAGUUACAAGACAUCAAGGAACAGACAAUGUGUCCUGUCUGUCUGGACCGUCUGAAGAACAUGAUCUUCCUGUGUGGGCAUGGGACCUGCCAGCUCUGUGGAGACAGGAUGAGCGAGUGCCCCAUAUGCCGCAAGGCCAUCGAGCGAAGGAUUCUCUUGUACUAAGCAGUGCAACCAGUGUCUUUUAUUAGCUUAUGAAAUAGUAAGGACUUCUUGGUGGUUUAAGUCUCUGUAAGAUUGAAAGGCAGUAAGAGGAUCCAGUGAAAACAUUUCUAAUACUGUGGCACAGGUUCAUGACAUGGGAGUUGUUUAAAGACUGUGAACACACCAAAUAAGAA